GAUUUUAUUUCCCAAACAUCGAGAAGGCUCGAUUUCAUCCCGAUCUCAAAUCUCAGAAUCAAAAUUCGAGUAUUCCAAUUUCAGAGCUUCCAAAUACUUUCUCUAUGCCAAAAUUUUCAAACCCUAACAUACGAAUUUGGCAGGUGAUAUAUCCAAAGCUUCGUCAAACAACAAUUAUCGUCUUCCCCGUUACUACCUCAGUUUUUAUCUCUUUUUUUUUUCCAAUCUUCGUUCAGAUUUAUUUCAUCAUAAGAUGCUUUGAAUUUCUAGUUUUUCACUUUGACCUGUUGUAGGGAUUUCAUGUUCUUGGGAGUGUCAAGUUCACGGGAACAAGGGUUUUCGCUUCAAUUGUAAUCGGUGAAAUUGAAAUCGAAAUUAUCGAUCAAUUCGUCGUGAAGUUCUUGGAGUGCGCUUUAGAUGGGCUUAAUGAUUUUUUGGAUAAUUUGAACAUGGGAGAACGUACUAUCAAAGGAUGCCUUGGAGCUCAUAGUUGUAAGGAGUAACAAGUGAAUUCUUACUCAUUUCUUGGAUUUGUUUGGGAUUUGGUAUUGCAACGUUGCGGUGGUGGUGGUGUUAGUGUUAGCUUGUUGUUGUAUUGCAUUUAAGUUUGGAGGAAAUGGAGUUGCGAAAACCCUUCUUCUGCUCCUGGGCUUUCCUUUUAGUCGUCGUCUUUGCUCAAGUUACUAAUGGGUUUUACCUCCCUGGAAGCUAUAUGCACACUUACUCAAAUAAAGAUGCGAUAUUUGCCAAAGUUAAUUCGUUGACUUCGAUUGAAACUGAGCUUCCCUUCAGCUACUACAGCCUUCCUUACUGCCCACCGGUGGGUGGUAUAAAGAAAAGUGCUGAGAAUCUUGGAGAGCUUCUGAUGGGAGAUCAGAUCGAUAACUCGCCGUACCGAUUCCGAAUGAAUGUUAACGAGACGGUUUACCUCUGUACUGCGUCCCCGUUGAAUGAGCACGAGGUGAAGCUACUUAAACAAAGGACACGGGAUCUGUAUCAAGUGAAUAUGAUCCUUGACAACUUGCCUGUUAUGAGGUUUACCGUGCAAAAUGGUGUUAAAAUCCAGUGGACAGGGUUCCCUGUUGGAUACACUCCACCUGAUGGUGGUGCAGAUUACAUCAUUAACCACCUUAAAUUCACGGUCUUCGUUCAUGAAUACGAAGGAAGUGGGGUCCAAAUUGUGGGGACUGGAGAGGAGGGUUUGGGUGUUAUUUCCGAGUCUGACAAGACAAAGGCUUCCGGGUAUGAAAUAGUUGGUUUUCAGGUUGCCCCCUGUAGUAUUAAAUAUGAUCCGGAGGUCAUGGUAAAGCACAAAAUGUAUGAUACUCUUUCUCCUAUACACUGCCCGGCUGAGCUUGACAAGUAUCAAGUGAUAAGAGAGCAGGAAAGGAUAUCGUUCACAUACGAGGUUGAAUUCGUGAAAAGUAAUAUAAGGUGGCCAUCACGUUGGGAUGCUUAUUUGAAGAUGGAGGGUUCCCGUGUUCAUUGGUUCUCAAUCUUAAAUUCUGUCAUGGUUAUUUCUUUCCUUGCUGGUAUUGUUUUUGUCAUUUUCCUAAGAACUGUGAGAAGGGACUUGACUAGGUACGAGGAACUGGACAAAGAGACUCAAGCUCAGAUGAACGAGGAGCUCUCUGGAUGGAAGCUUGUUGUGGGUGAUGUGUUUAGGGAGCCUUAUUGCUCGAAGCUUCUCUGUGUGAUGGUCGGAGAUGGGGUUCAAAUUCUUGGAAUGGGUGGUGUUACUAUUGUUUUUGCGGCGCUUGGCUUUAUGUCACCAGCAUCCCGAGGAAUGCUGCUAACUGGGAUGAUCCUUUUGUAUCUUAUCCUAGGCAUUGCUGCAGGCUAUGUCAGUGUACGUGUAUGGAGGACAGUAAAAGGAACAACGGAAGGGUGGAGAUCAGUUUCCUGGUCGGCUGCAUGUUUUUUUCCUGGAAUUGCUUUCAUUAUUCUUACAGUACUAAAUUUCAUUCUAUGGAGCAGUAACAGUACUGGUGCCAUACCCAUUUCCUUGUAUUUUGAGAUGUUCAUCCUCUGGUUCUGCAUUUCAGUACCUCUUACCCUCAUUGGAGGAUUUAUGGGGACAAAAGCUCAGCCGAUUGAAUAUCCAGUGCGCACUAACCAGAUUCCAAGGGAAAUUCCUGCUCGUAAAUACCCAUCGUGGCUUCUUGUUCUUGGUGCUGGAACUCUUCCAUUUGGAACCCUCUUCAUUGAGCUUUUCUUCAUCCUUUCAAGUAUUUGGCUUGGGAGGUUCUAUUAUGUUUUUGGUUUCCUGUUGGUUGUUCUUCUAUUGCUAAUUAUUGUGUGUGCUGAAGUGUCUGUUGUCCUCACUUAUAUGCAUCUAUGUGUGGAAGAUUGGCAAUGGUGGUGGAAGGCAUUCUUUGCUUCAGGUUCUGUGGCUCUUUACGUCUUCCUAUACUCCAUCAACUACUUGGUCUUCGACCUGCAGAGUUUGAGUGGACCAGUCUCAGCCACGCUUUACCUUGGCUAUUCACUGCUCAUGGCCAUUGCAAUCAUGUUGUCAACCGGCACCAUCGGCUUCCUUAUGUCAUUCUACUUUGUGCACUACUUGUUCUCAUCAGUAAAGAUAGAUUGAGGUUCUUGCUAUCAUUGUUCAUUAACGAUGCAAAAGGUUAAUUGAUAUAACUUCUACCUAGUCCUUUUUGUAUCUUGAUCAUAUCGCAGAGUAGGGCAACUGAUGGUGCUUCAUUCUUUGUCUAAAUUGUUGUCAAACGGUUUUAUGUUGAUGGAGUCUGCAGUUUGUUCUGCUUCUGCCUGUUUCCCAAAGUGGUGUACUCAUACAAGUAUUUUGGUUCGAGUUUCUUUAGAAUGUUGUAAUUCAAACUGUCUCAUCUCAUUUCAAUAUAUGGUUUCAGAACAUGUUAUGAUACU